CGAACAUGGAUAUCCUUCAGCAGGCGAGGUUCUGGUUCAAAAAGAUGGUACGGUACCGCGCGAGGCGGUUAUUAAACGGUACGGGGAGCCGAUCGGGCGACAGUGGUACCGUCUUCGCCGGCCGGAGCAGUUGGGAUCGUUCGCAGAAGACGAAAUGGCCGAGUACGCGAGGAUCUUAGGUGUGCUGGUUGGGUUGUCGUGCGUGCUGGGAUCGCUUUGCGGAGCUUCCCAAAUGCAGAAAGGCCUCUUGGCCAAUUUGAAGGAAACUUUAGCCCCCAAAUUGGGCAAUUUAGCCAGCAAUCGCCCGCCCCCGCGCCACGACACGCCCGCCUCCCCUUGUCAUUGCACUUGCGGCGAGAAGAACGAGGAUAGCAGGAUAGUCGGGGGCAGGCCUACCAACGAAAACGAAUUCCCCUGGAUGGCCAGACUGUCAUAUUUCAACAGAUUCUACUGCGGAGGGAUGCUCAUCAACGACAGAUACGUUUUAACAGCCGCCCAUUGCGUCAAAGGAUUCAUGUGGUUCAUGAUAAAAGUGACCUUCGGCGAGCACGACAGAUGCAACGACAACAAACGACCGGAGUCCAGGUUCGUGCUCAGAGCCAUCGCGGGCGCCUUCAGUUUCCUGAACUUCGACAACGACAUCGCCCUGCUGAGGCUCAACGACAGGGUGCCCAUCACGCAGUUCAUCAAACCGAUUUGUUUGCCGAAGAACAAAGAUAAUCUCUACGUGGGUGCUAUGGCGACGGCUUCCGGUUGGGGAACGCUGAAGGAGGACGGAAAACCCACCUGCAUCCUGAACAAAGUCGAUGUGCCGGUGAUUUCGAACGAGGAAUGCAGGAGAACUAAUUAUUCGGUCAAUAUGAUAUCGGAUAACAUGCUGUGCGCUGGUUACCCGCAAGUGGGGCAAAAGGAUUCUUGUCAGGGAGACAGCGGUGGUCCGUUGAUCACCAAGAAACCCGACUCUCGAUACGAAUUGAUCGGCGUGGUUUCCUGGGGUAACGGCUGCGCUAGGCCGGGAUAUCCUGGUGUUUACACCAGAAUCACCAGAUACUUGGACUGGAUACUCCAGAACUCUCAGGACGGAUGCUUUUGUCAAGACUGAAUUAAUAGCUUACUAGAAUAAAUUUAUCUCAUAGUUAUUUCACAAUCCAGUAACGCGCAACAAUUGCGCUUCUAAUUUAUUGAUUAUAGUUUUAUUAUCGUAUAGACUGUGCUGUAGUAAACCGUC